AUGGGUUCCAAAAGAAGAUUUUCGUCAGAGCAUCCAGAUCCAGUUCAAACUUCUAUUCCAGAGCAGGCUGCUGAGAUUGCUGAGGAAUUAACGAAACAGCAUCCUCCUCCAUCUGCAGAAGCGCUAGUGCACCAUGAUGCCGGUGAGUUUAAAGGAAUAGAACGUCAUCACACUACCGCAGAGCAAGCCCAAAAUUUGGAAAAUGGAGUGGUAAAUCCGUUUACUGGCAGAGAGUUCACACCAAAAUAUGUCGAUAUCUUAAAGAUUAGAAGAGAAUUGCCUGUCCAUGCUCAAAGAGAUGAGUUUUUGAAAAUUUAUCAAAAUAACCAAAUCAUGGUCUUCGUUGGUGAAACCGGUUCCGGUAAGACUACACAAAUUCCCCAAUUUGUCUUAUUCGAUGAGAUGCCCCAUUUAGAAAACACGCAAGUUGCAUGUACCCAGCCUCGUCGUGUUGCCGCAAUGUCUGUUGCACAGAGAGUCGCAGAAGAAAUGGAUGUCAAGCUGGGUGAAGAAGUCGGUUACUCCAUUAGAUUCGAAAACAAGACCUCUAAUAAGACCAUAUUGAAAUAUAUGACUGAUGGUAUGUUGUUGAGAGAGGCAAUGGAUGAUCACGAUUUAUCCCGUUACUCUUGUAUUAUUUUAGAUGAAGCGCACGAACGUACUUUAGCUACUGAUAUUUUAAUGGGUCUUCUAAAGCAAGUAAUCAAGAGAAGACCUGACUUGAAAAUCAUUAUCAUGUCCGCCACUUUAGAUGCUGAAAAGUUCCAACGUUACUUCAACGAUGCCCCAUUACUUGCUGUUCCAGGUAGAACUUAUCCAGUUGAACUAUACUAUACUCCUGAAUUUCAAAGAGACUAUUUAGAUUCGGCCAUUCGUACUGUUUUACAGAUUCACGCGACAGAAGAAGCUGGUGAUAUUUUGUUGUUUUUAACAGGUGAAGAUGAAAUUGAAGACGCAGUAAGGAAGAUUUCUUUAGAGGGUGACCAGUUAGUCAGAGAAGAGGGAUGCGGACCAUUGUCUGUGUACCCCUUAUAUGGUUCGUUACCACCACACCAACAGCAAAGAAUUUUCGAAGCAGCUCCAGAAUCACAUAAUGGUAGACCGGGUAGAAAAAUUGUCAUCUCUACCAAUAUUGCUGAAACUUCCUUAACAAUUGAUGGUAUUGUCUAUGUUGUCGACCCAGGUUUCUCAAAGCAAAAAGUUUACAAUCCCAGAAUCAGAGUUGAGUCUUUGUUAGUUUCUCCUAUCUCCAAGGCCUCUGCCCAACAAAGAGCUGGUCGUGCUGGUCGUACAAGACCUGGUAAAUGUUUCAGAUUAUACACUGAGGAAGCAUUUCAAAAAGAACUGAUAGAACAAAGUUAUCCAGAAAUCUUACGUUCCAAUUUAUCUUCUACUGUUUUAGAACUGAAAAAACUGGGUAUUGAUGAUUUAGUGCAUUUUGACUUUAUGGAUCCACCGGCCCCUGAAACAAUGAUGAGAGCUCUUGAGGAGUUGAACUAUUUGGCCUGUUUAGAUGAUGAAGGUAACUUAACAUCCUUGGGUAGGUUGGCAUCUCAAUUCCCAUUAGAUCCAAUGUUAGCUGUGAUGUUGAUUGGUUCUUUCGAAUUCCAAUGCUCCCAAGAAAUACUGACCAUAGUGGCCAUGUUAUCAGUACCAAAUGUAUUCAUUCGUCCAACAAAGGACAAGAAACGCGCAGAUGAUGCCAAGAACAUAUUCGCUCACCCAGAUGGUGAUCAUAUCACUUUACUAAACGUAUAUCACGGGUUCAAGUCAGACGAGGCUUAUGAAUAUGGUAUUCAUAAAUGGUGCCGUGAUCACUACUUAAAUCACAGAUCUAUUUCCGCUGCAGAUAACAUUCGCYCUCAACUAGAAAGAUUAAUGAACCGUUACAACUUAGAACUAAACACUACAGAUUAUGAUAGCCCCAAAUAUUUCGAUAACAUCAGAAAGGCUCUUGCCUCUGGGUUCUUCAUGCAAGUAGCAAAGAAGAGAUCUGGUGCAAAGGGAUACAUCACAGUGAAAGACAACCAAGACGUCUUGAUCCACCCCAGUACAGUUCUUGGUCAUGACGCAGAAUGGGUCAUUUACAAUGAAUUCGUCCUCACGUCGAAGAAUUACAUAAGAACAGUCACAUCUGUUAGACCCGAAUGGCUAAUUGAAAUAGCACCUGCAUACUACGAUAUGGACAAUUUCCAAAAGGGUGAUGUCAAACUGUCGCUAGAAAGAAUCAAGGAAAAAGUAGAUAGAUUGAACGACUUGAAGCAAGAUAAAACCAAAAAGAGCAAGCACUCUAAGAAAUAA